AUCUGUCGGCAAACUCUUCCUCAACUGAGAGGACCGCCAUCGAAGCUUUGACAAGCUUGCAUAUGGCAUUUAUAUGUUUUCUUGGAUACUGAUUCAAGUCCUAUACCCUGCACCCUUUCGUCUUAUCUUGGAUACGGCGCGAACCGGACGCGUAGACUUCGGGUAUCAAGGAAGCGAAAAUUUUUUUGUUGACCUUCGAUGUCUCCUAACGACCACACCAGCACCUCCGAUGUGUUGGCUCGGAGCCAGCCAUCGAGAGACUCCACCCUCUCAGAUUUUGAUCCUGACAACGAUGUUCUGAUAUCAACUCAGCACUUAGCCAACGAGAACGCUCUCAAGGAAGCUGAGGACCUCGAUUAUGCCAUCGACACCUCCGCCCUCCAUAGAGCGCUACCCCAUUUUACCGAUGCUAGCAGUUCUGAUGAAUCGGAAGCCCUGUCGAUCGAAAUCGGCAGGGGAGGGAGAAACAUCCCAAGAACUGAUCAUACUCAUAGUUCUGUUCUAUCGUUUGAGGAUAGUAAAUUAGCUACAUCACCCGGGGCCCGGCGCGAGGACCUUCCUGAACCACAGUGCUCAAGGCCAGCAUUACGGUCAAUCUCUAAUAGAGCUGUGAUGAGGGAUCAGGACAAUCUUCGGAAAGAUGCUCAGAUUCGGCAUGCAAGCCACGUGUCACAAAAAGAGAAUCUUGAUCCGAAGGAGCUUAAAAUUCGAAGUAGAAGACAGGCAAAUUCGAGCCGGCGACCCUCAAGAACUCAACGUCGCACAUUGUCUGAUAUGCAUGCAAAGGUCCUGGAGAGCUAUGAAGGCUCAUAUCUGAGCGAUGAGCGUCCUCCAACUCUCGAUGGGCAGUCUAAGAAUACUCGGUUCGGAAGUAAGAAAGCUCAAAAACACGUCGAAAGUAUAGCCCAUGCUGUCAAUAACGCCGCUGGCAAACCAUACCCGGGGAUUGGGCAGAAUGUAGCGGAUUUCACGGAAGAAAACAACACAGAUAUGACGGGAACGAAUGACGCCCUACAUGAAACUGCCAAUCACGAAUCAUUUAUCCUCCCGGACAUGCCAGACAUGUCUGAAUUGGUGUCAGGUAUUUACCACGAAGGUGUGCCGGCAGGAACACGGCAAGGCCGGUCGCGAACUACUCGUUUUGCCUCUCCACCUGCUGUGACUAUUUCGGCGGCCUCCCAAGAACACGUUGCUUUUGAUGGUGUUCCUAUCCCAGAGGAUGAGAAGGCGAUAUUCGCAUCACUUAAGUUGCUCCAGAACAAGGUUGCUUCACUAGAGAAAGAAAAUUUAUUAGUAGAGAACCGACUGGAGGAACUUCAGCAAGAAAAUCAAGCACUUCGAGCUGAACGAUCUAGCCGCAAAAAAAGGGAGGAAGGAAAGUUACAUAUGUAUAGAAGAACGGAGGAUGAGUCAGGUCGAGGUGCGGCGACAUUGGCCGUUGAGAGAAAUAGGCUGGAGACGGCCAACAUGGCACUUCAGAAUCGCCUCGAUAUUGCCAACCACAAAAUUGCAGGCCAUGAUGGAGACAUGCGAAGAGUAAUGAAAGAGCGCGAUACUGUGAUGAAUAAACUCGGUGUUGCGUAUCUCAGCUGCCAGGAACUUCGUUCUCAGAAUGAAUCACUUCGCCGAGACAAUGAAGAGCUUCGGAGCCAACUCUUAUUAUUAACGUCGAUGCCAAACGUGGACGAAUCGAACCCAGAUGCUCUGUCGAAAGCCAAAGCACACAAAGAAGAGACGACGUCUAGGAGCGGAUCUCGAAGGAGAAGAAACUCUGAAUUACUUGAUCUCGAAUUCCUUGAUGAAGGAGAUUUGGGUGUCGAAGAAGGUCCCGAGAACACUUGUAAUGGACAUCGAAAGCAUCACAGAUGUUGCCAUACUCACGAUCAAACCCUUGAAUCGACCCAAGAUGAUGCCCUGAGAUCGAAGCAAUGUCAAAAUCAUUACGAAGAUUUGUUUUCGCUUGACCUUUCUAAACGUUGUCGAUCUAAGUCUCGGGAACGACGGCGCGGAAGCCGCUCUCAAACCGGAAAGGAAAAGAAAGAACCCAACACAAGCAAACAGCGUGUAAAGAGGGCAGUAAUGGAAAAUGAUAGUGACCUGUCAGAUGCCGAGAUCACAGUAGAGUCGAAAGAUCGCCGCACAGAUGGGAGAAACACCCAGGAUUUAACGUUCCUUAGUUUCAUCGAUCGCCAUGAAAUUGCACUCCUUCGAAAAACGCUCGAGGAAGAGCGCAUCGCACGUAAACAGCGACGUGCAAAGGAAACAGCCCGGGUUCCCUUAAAGGGUGCGGCUCGAGCCCAUUUUGAUCCCUUACAAUUGGAUAAUUUGACAACAGGGUCGAACGUCCAAGAAUCAAGGAUAGAACCUCAAACUGGAAGGGAACCAGCAACCAAUGUGAAAUUGAAGAUCUCUGAGCCUGACACUGCCCAGGCCCGGGAUAAAAUGGCGGCCCCUGAAACAGCACAAAGCACUCGCUCCAUGCCCGGGCGCCGACGAUCUCAGAGCAAGGCAGGCGAUAUGACAUCCGCCAUUAUUCUACCAGACAUCACAUUGCAUGGCGUUACUAGCAAGUAUGAGGCGAUUAAGGUUUCUGCAGCUGCGCAACGUGUUCUUGAUGAAGUCGCCAGCCACGAAAAAGAAAACUGUUUCGUUUGCCAUGAAUCUCAAAAGCACAAUCCUGCACAAGAAAGUGUGAACCUUCCACCAAUCAAAGUCCCUCGGCCGAUCCCAGUCUCGGAACGUCGACCUGGACCGUCUGCCUGUGGUAAUGAACCGACGCUGCGUCCAUCCCAGAAACCGUCCAUAGCCUUAGCCUCUGUUCUCAAAGCCCUUGAGGACGAACUAGCGCAUUUGAAAAUGCAACUGACAGUAUUUCAAACCACCUACGCCAAGCACGAUCCAUCACUUAAUAAACGGCAGCGGAAAGCCAUGUGUCAAAAAAUUGCAAUCCUCAUGACUGAAAUUGAGAAGAAAUCGGAUCAAAUAUAUUCUCUCUAUGAUGUUCUGGAAGGACAAAAGAAACAUGGCGAGGAAAUGACUGAGGAAGAGGUUGAGGUCACGCUGCAUUCACUCGGAAUUGCAGCCCCAGUCAGCGGGCAACCAAACCUCACUGAGCGACUGGGCCAAGAUUUCCAGGAAGGAAAGCAUAAUACAGCUCAUGAGGCUAAGCUGAGCGAUAGCGAUGACGAGGAAUUGCCUUGGGAAGGGUUUGAUGACACUAUAGAAUCAACCUCGAAAGCUUUCUCGGCUAAAAAGCCGAGUGGAUAUUGA